AGCAUGGACCAGCUACUGAUCCGUGUGAUUCCUGUGUCUAGUCAGAGAAAUUGGUGCUGGACUAUCUCGUCAAGCAGAACCGCCCCUAUAGCACCAGUAAACAAUAUUGUCUUUGUCUUCUGAAUCGUCGCAUGGCAAAAAGAAAAAGAAAAAAAAAGACAAUAUAGAUGUCCUUAUACUGUACGUUCUUUAUUGCUGUGCUAGCGGACAUCGUGGGUAACCUACAUGGUGCAGUCACGAAAAUAGAAUGCCAGCGCGCUGUGAACUCGCUCGUCGAAAAGGACCUGGUUACCGCCAAGCUAUAUGGAAAGCAAGCCAUCUACGUCGUCAGGCAGGACAGUAUUGAUGCUGCCACACCAGAAGAACUUGCUGCCGUCGAUAAGCAGUUGGCCGAACUACAGAGCAAAAUCGCAGAGUCCAAAUCGAGGAAUAAGCAGCUCUCCUCAAAACUGUCGGCUCUUAGCUCCUCCAUGACGACUGAACAGAUUAUAGCGAAACUAGAUCAAUCGACCACCAAGAACGAGCAGGCAGAGCAACACUUAUCACUUCUGCGCGGCGGUACUCAGCUAGUGAUGCCAGAGGAAAAGCAGCGCGUUGCCAAGGAAAUGGAGUAUUACCGCAAGAUGUGGAUGCAGAGGCGACGUCUGUUCAAGGACAUGUUUGCGACCGUAACUGAGAACCUGCCUGGCAAACCCAAGGACCUACUCGACGAACUGGAUAUAGAUGUGCAGGAUCCUGUUGAUAUCAAUAUCAAUCCGAGAGACCUCGCUCAAGCUUGAUCCUGCCUUUGCUAGGUUCUUGUCCUCCUGCCGCCGAUUUGCGCAUUCACGCAAACAGCACAUGUCUCUUAAAUAGCGCAGGACACAAUUGAUACCUGCAGUGCGAUGCAUACUUAGCGAUGGGCGAAUACUAUUACAAACAUCGAUCAAAUUGAGGGCUUCCUCAAGGCAAUCGAUAUG